GAAGACCCGACCAUGGAGAGGCCCUACACCUUUAAGGAUUUCCUCCUCCGGCCCAGAAGCCACAAGUCCCGUGUGAAGGGUUUCCUGAGGCUGAAGAUGGCCUACAUGCCCAAAAACGGGGGCCAGGAGGAGGAAAACAGCGACCAGAGGGACGACCCUGAGCACGGCUGGGACGUGGUCGAUCCCGGCGACGCCGCGUCGCAGAGGCAGGAGGAGCUGCCGCCCCCUCCGCUGCCCCCGGGGUGGGAAGAGAAGGUGGACAACCUGGGCAGGACCUACUACGUCAACCACAACAACAGGACCACCCAGUGGCACCGGCCCAGCCUCAUCGAUGUGGGGUCGGACUCUGAGAACAACCUGAGGCAGAUCAACCAGGAGGCCGCUCACCGGCGGUUCCGCUCGCGGCGCCACAUCAGCGAGGACCUGGAGCCGGAGCCCGGCGAGAGCGGGGACGUCCCCGAGCCUUGGGAAACCAUCUCCGAGGAGGCAGGUGCCGGUGGGGACUCCCUGAGCUUGGCACUGCCACCCCCUCCCGCGUCGCCGGGGUCCCGGCCCAGCCCUCAGGAGCUGUCGGAGGAGCUGAGCAGGAGGCUCCAGGUCACUCCUGAUGCCAACGGGGAGCAACUCAGCUCUUUGAUUCAAAGAGAACCCUCUUCCCGGCUGAGGUCGUGCAGCGUCACGGACGCGGUGGCUGAGCAGUCUCAGUUAGCCCUGCAGCCCUCCGUGGCCUACGUGCACACCACCCCCGGGCUGCCCUCGGGCUGGGAGGAGCGGAAGGACGCCAAGGGCAGGACCUACUACGUCAACCACAACAACCGCACCACGACGUGGACCCGGCCCAUCGUGCAGGUACAGGGCAGAGCCUCCAGCUUGGGGUUAGCUUCAGAGUUCAGACAGCUUCCAGAACCCAGAUUCCGGGCGGCCCGCAGCCUCAGCUCGCCCACCGUCACCCUGUCGGCCCCCCUGGAGGGCAUGAAGGACUCCCCGGUGCGCCGGGCGGUGAAGGACACCCUCUCCAACCCCCAGAGCCCUCAGCCAUCCCCCUACAACUCCCCCAAGCCCCAGCACAAAGGGGCCCAGAGCUUCCUGCCCCCGGGCUGGGAGAUGCGCAUCGCCCCCAACGGCCGCCCCUUCUUCAUCGACCACAACACCAAGACCACCACCUGGGAGGAUCCGCGGCUGAAGUUCCCGGUGCAUCUGAGAUCCAAAGCGUCCCUGAACCCCAAUGACCUGGGCCCUCUUCCUCCCGGCUGGGAGGAAAGAAUCCACCUGGACGGGAGGACCUUCUACAUCGACCACAAUAAUAAAAUCACCCAGUGGGAGGACCCCAGGCUGCAGAACCCGGCCAUCACCGGCCCAGCCGUUCCCUACUCCCGGGAGUUCAAGCAGAAAUACGAUUAUUUCCGGAAGAAGCUGAAGAAACCCGCUGACAUCCCCAACAGAUUCGAGAUGAAGCUGCACAGGAACAACAUUUUUGAGGAGUCCUAUCGAAGGAUCAUGUCUGUGAAGAGGCCUGACGUCCUCAAAGCCAGGCUCUGGAUCGAAUUCGAGUCGGAAAAAGGCCUGGACUACGGGGGUGUGGCCAGAGAGUGGUUUUUCCUCUUGUCCAAGGAGAUGUUUAACCCUUACUACGGUCUCUUUGAAUACUCAGCAACGGACAACUACACACUUCAGAUUAAUCCUAAUUCAGGUCUCUGUAACGAAGACCACCUGUCCUACUUCACCUUCAUCGGCCGGGUGGCCGGGCUGGCCGUGUACCACGGGAAGCUGCUGGAUGGCUUCUUCAUCAGACCUUUCUACAAGAUGAUGCUGGGCAAGCCAAUCACUCUGAAAGACAUGGAAUCAGUGGACAGCGAAUAUUACAACUCCCUGAAGUGGAUCCUGGAAAACGACCCCACAGAGCUGGACCUCAUGUUCUGCAUCGAUGAGGAGAACUUUGGGCAGACAUAUCAAGUGGACCUGAAGCCCAACGGCUCGGAAAUCAUGGUGACCAACGAGAACAAGAGGGAGUACAUUGACCUGGUCAUCCAGUGGAGGUUUGUCAACAGGGUGCAGAAGCAAAUGAAUGCCUUUCUGGAGGGGUUCACAGAACUGCUUCCCAUCGACCUGAUUAAGAUUUUUGAUGAGAAUGAGCUGGAGCUCCUGAUGUGCGGCCUCGGCGACGUCGACGUCAACGACUGGCGCCAGCACACCAUCUACAAAAAUGGCUACUGCCCCAAUCACCCCGUCAUCCAGUGGUUCUGGAAGGCCGUCCUGCUGAUGGACGCCGAGAAGCGGAUCCGGCUCCUGCAGUUUGUCACCGGGACGUCUCGAGUGCCUAUGAACGGAUUUGCUGAACUUUACGGUUCAAAUGGUCCUCAGCUGUUUACAAUAGAGCAGUGGGGAAGUCCCGACAAGCUGCCCCGAGCUCACACCUGCUUUAACCGCCUGGAUUUACCUCUGUACGACUCGUUCGAGGACCUGCGGGAGAAGCUCCUCAUGGCCGUGGAGAACGCCCAGGGCUUCGAAGGGGUGGAUUAGCUGGUCCUCUGGGCCCCUUCCGAGCUCAUUCUGCUGCCCCCUGGCCCUGCCCGGGGGAGGGGGAGUGAAAAAAAAACCCCCCAGGGACUGUUUGGGGAGCGGCACCCGAGCCCCCCGGGUUGGGGACCGUGCCAACAAGGAUCACAUUUCAGCGGGACUUCACUCUAUUUAUGUCGUGCCUCCGCAAGGCAAAAGCCCUCAAUAAAUAUUUUACAUCCUUUCUAAUGGCAA